AUGUCUGUAAGUAAAGAUGCUAUAGAAACACUCUGUGAGGAGCUGGACAAAUCUGCUACUAUUUCAAUUGAUGAAAAGAGCUAUCAGGAGGCUUUAGAUGAGAUUAAAGAUAUAAUUGUACGUAAGAAGAGGGUAGCGAGUGCGCAAUUACCUGAGAUCGAGAAGGUUUUGAUUAGAUCGUACCAGGAUCAUACUGAGAGCAAGAAAUUCCUGCGAGAAAUUAUUAAAAGUAAUGUGGGUAAAGCAUUAGAUCUUUUUGAGAUGUUAAGUUUACCGUCUAUACAUGUUCUAGUUGGUAUUUUCUUUGACAGUGAAGAGACCAUGGUUUUAUUAGAUGAGCUGAGAACUAGGAUUCAUUAUGGAGAGGACCCCAAUAUAAAAUACCUUUUGUCGAUUGUGCUGCAAUUGCUCUCGAAGUUCACCUAUGUGUUUAACGAUUUCUCAUUUUUAGUCAGAGAUUUGUGUCUGCGAUGCAGAGAACCGGAUGUCUCGCCAAUGAUGCUGUUAAUCUUUACGCAGUUAAAUUAUAGAUACCCUGAUGAAUUCAAAGUAAAAUUUCUAGAAACUAUGGAUGUACUGAUAAUGGAAGCUGAGGAGGAUAUAGGCGACGAACCUCUAUGCCUAAUUGUGGAGAUACUGACGGAAUUGUAUCCCUCUCUAACAGGACUAUGUUCCGAGGUCCUGUUAACUAGGGGUGCAGGCAAAAUGCUCAAAGAAAGGGCUACAAGCGAGGACAGCGAUAAAAACUUUAGAAGUAAGUUAUUGAAGCUGCUAUCGAUCGCAUGUAUAGAUGAAACUGUACGAGUUCAUAUUAGUGAAAAAUAUAUCGAAACUCUGGAAACCUCAAUGCAGUUUUCUGAAUAUAAGGUUUUGGCUGCACUUGUUUUGAUCAAGACAUGGUCUUUCUUGAAACUUAAGCACAUUGAUAUUAACAAACUGGCAUCGAUAUUAGUGGAUAAUUUUUUGGAUAGUGCAGUCUUAGAAUCGGAAGAUACGGAAACAAGGGAUAGUAAUCAGACCCUAGUCUACACUAUUGAAGGUUUAGCUUAUUUAACCCUGAAAGUUCCCAUUAAAAGAAUGCUAAGAAUUCAUGAAGUUUUUAGAAAUGAAAUCAUCAAGCUAGCAAAAAAGGAAUCAGGUACUAACCCCAACUAUUUUGGGAUAUUGAUAAUAAUUGCAAAUUUGACAGCUUUGCCCAAUGAUAAGACUAAUCCGACAAAUCAAACUCAUUCUGGAUCGAUGGCUCAGUUGAGCAUGUAUGCUAAUAUGGGAGCUGAUACGAAUAAAUUGAAAGAUAACGUUCCUGAUUCAGAAGAAGAAGUAAAAGAAUUUCAAGAGAAAUUUAUACUAAAAAAGGAUCUUCUUGCUGAUAUGAAAACAAAGUUCAACGAUAUGUCUCCAGGAUCCAAACAACAAUACAUGAGGAUAGUGUAUAAUAUGACAAGGGUAAAGGAGAAUAUAUCGUCAUGUGUCCAACAAGGGGUGACUACAAAUAUUCUUGAGUAUUUGGUUAGUAAACAAGAUAAGGGUGUAGCAGUUAGGCUACUAGCAUACCGAUCACUGACUAGAAUUUUAAUCUCUACAGAUCCAGCUUUAAUUUUCAAUAAGUACUCACCACUAAAUGCCAUUCCAUUUUUAUUUGAUUUAAUUGGUACUACGGAAUCUGGCGAGGAAACUCAAGAAAAGAUAGAACUAAACCCUUUACUAGAAAAUGAUGACAAUAUUGAAGUAUUAGAUCGCUAUGAAGCUCUAUUGGCAUUAACAAACUUGGCAGCUACUCCAACUUCUAAUGGGGAGGAGAUUUGUAAAUCGAUUUCUAAUACACCAAAAUAUUGGAAUUCAAUAGUAAAUUUGAUGCUAAAUGAGAAUCUAUUGAUUCAAAGAUCGACUCUGGAACUGAUCAGCAAUCUCAUGAGUCAUCCACUUCCAGUGGCUGCCAAGUUUUUCAAUUUUUCUAACCCUCAGAGUUUGCGUAAUUUCAACACACUAGUACAAUUGAUUGAGCUGGACGAUAUAGCUUCUCAAAGAGCAAUCGCUGCUUUGUUCGCAAAUAUUGUUAUUUCUGUGCCAUUCAUAUCUGAGGAGUUGUACGAGAAAGAUGUUCUUAUUAGCAGAGCUAUUCGAAUAUUGAAUGAUCAAAAUGAUGAUAUUGAAUUAACCCAAAGAUUAAUAAUAUUUUUCUAUGGAUUAUUUGAAUAUGCUCCUGAAAAGCCUGAGAGUCAGAAAGCCAAGGAAAAGAAUUUGUUUAAAAAUGCAAACCUCAGAAAAGCAUUGGAAAAGUCUCUGGUAAACCAAAAUGUUGGGGGAGAAUACAAGGAUGCUAUUCCUACAAUGUUGGCUUUGAUGUCAUAA